AAAAACUACUUAAAAUACUACUUUAAGGGCAACGCUGCAGCCUCGGGUCAAAAUGCGAGUAGGCCUGCAGUUGCACCAUCAAGCCGGUGGCUGGAGGGUAUUCGAAAAUGGUACUACAAUGCUGCAGGGUUCAAUAAACUGGGGUUAAUGAGAAAUGAUACAAUAUAUGAGAAUGAUGAUGUGAAAGAGGCCAUAAGAAGGCUUCCUGAGAACCUUUAUAACGACAGGAUGUUUCGCAUUAAGAGAGCACUGGACCUGACCAUGAGGCAUCAGAUCUUGCCUAAAGAGCAGUGGACAAAAUAUGAGGAGGAUAAAUUCUACCUUGAACCAUAUCUGAAAGAAGUUAUUCGGGAAAGAAAAGAGAGAGAAGAAUGGGCAAAGAAAUAAUGAUGGAGUUGAAAUCUGUGGUUGCAGCCGCCCUCAAAUAUUUUUAAGAAGUUGAAUAAACCUGAAAUGUACAAUUUAGAACUAUCUGAACUGCAAAUGUAUUACUUUAAAUAAAUGUCUAUGGUGAUUAAAAAAAAAUACUACUUUAAGAUAUGAG